GCUGUGCUGGCUGGAGGGGCAGCCAGUUAGCUUGGCUUUCUAGUCUUUUUCCCGACUUAGCUGCUGUGUGCCACUAAAUGGCCCACGGGGAAAGGACCCCAGGACAGUCGGGGUUGGAGUGAGGACGGGACCGAUGAGCAGUCCUUACAAGUGGGUUCCAGUAAGAAAGUCGCAGGGCCCCAGCUGUUCAAGCCCUUUUACGUGAGUGCUGGAGUGCUCAACUUGGGUCCUCACUGCCCAGCUCCAGCACCUGCCUCAGCGGUGGUCAGCGCGCUGCUGGAAUGGAAGGGACCUUGGCAGAGCGCGUCGGGGCGGAGCCUUUCCACAGGGUCACGCCCCUGCUGGAGAGCUGGGCGCUGUCUCAGGUGGCAGGCAUGCGGGUCUUCCUCAAGUACGAGAAUGUGCAGAUAGCUGGCUCCUUUAAGAUCCGGGGCAUCGGAUAUUUCUGUCAGCAGAUGGCCAAGAAGGGAUGCAGACAUCUGGUGUGCUCCUCAGGGGGCAAUGCGGGCAUUGCGGCUGCAUACUCGGCUCGUAAGCUGGGCAUCCCCGUCACCAUCGUGCUCCCAGAGGGCACCUCCGUGCAGGUGGUGAGGCGGCUGGAGGGGGAAGGGGCCGAGGUCCAGCUGACUGGGAAGGUCUGGGAUGAAGCCAACGUAAAAGCCCAAGAACUGGCCACCAGGGAUGGCUGGGUGAAUGUCUCUCCGUUUGACCAUCCCCUGAUAUGGGAAGGCCAUGGCAGCAUAGUGCGGGAGCUAAAGGACUCACUAGGGACCCCUCCAGGUGCCGUGGUGCUGGCCGUGGGGGGCGGAGGGCUCCUGGCGGGCGUGACUGCUGGCCUGCUAGAGGUGGGCUGGCAGCAUGUGCCCAUCGUUGCCAUGGAGACCCACGGGGCGCACAGUUUCAACGCAGCCUUGCAGGCAGGCCAGCCGGUCACCCUGCCAGACAUCACCAGUGUAGCCAGGAGCCUCGGAGCCAAGACGGUGGCUGCACGGACCUUGGAGUGUGCAAAGGAGUGUGAGGUCCUCUCUGAGGUGGUAGAAGACUGGGAGGCUGUCAGUGCUGUGCAGAGGUUCCUGGAUGAUGAGCGCAUGCUGGUGGAACCUGCCUGUGGGGCCGCCCUGGCUGCCGUCUACUCCGGCAUCCUGCAAAGGCUCCAGGCUGAGGGCCGCCUGAGCCCCACCCUGGCUUCCGUUGUGGUCAUCGUGUGCGGUGGCAACAACAUCAGUAGCCAACAGCUUCAGGAGCUGAAAACCCAGCUGGGCUGCAGCUGAAGACUCCCAGGAACUCCCACAGAGGUUCCUGGACACCUUGGUGGUCACCCAAGGGACCUUGGUUCCAGAGGUUCUGCCCUCUUCCUCCAGGUAGCCCUCCUGGGUUGCUCUCAGUGGCUCCCUGCCAUCCAAUGAAUAAACCUGACUGAGCUGA